CAAAGGAACAGUCGCUUUUUGAUCAUGAGUGAGACGAAUGUACAAGUGAAUCCUACGGAAAUACCUACAGAGAGCAAUGACAUAAAAGAAAAGAAAACUAAAAAAAGCACAACUCAAAAAAAGAGAACAAAUAAAAGAAAUCAAGACAUAUCAAAUGUGGAACCAAUGGAGAAAAGUUCUGGAAGCAACACUGCUGGUGAAAUUGAUGGACAGAAGACACCAGAGGCAAUGAAAAAUCCAGCUGAAGAAGUGUCAAUCAGAGCAAGUUAUGAUGUAGAUGUUGUAUUCUUGGAUGAGUUGGACAAGGCAUAUGAAUGCAUUAACUGUAAUCGUAUUCUACGAGUACCAUUCUUAUUUGAAGAUUGUGGUCAUAGAUGUUGUUCUGGAUGUGUACCGGAUAUAUUUAGAGGUACUUCAAAAUGUCCAGUGGAUAAAAAAACUUUGAAAAAGGAUCGUGUUCAUUUAGAUAAAGCUUUUCAAGAACAUAUGGAUAGUUUUGGUGUAAAGUGUUCCUAUCAUACUGAAGGAUGUUUAUGGACAGGAAUUCUACGAGAAUUAGGCAGCCAUCUUAAUCAAUGUGAAUAUAAAAUUCUUUCAUGCCCUAGACAAUGUGGAAUAGAAUUACAAAGGAGAUAUUUAGAGAAACAUAUUCAAAAUGAUUGUGCUAAACGCGUUAAACAAUGUCAAUAUUGUGGAACAAAAAUGCUUUCUGCCAAUGAAAUAAAACAUUCCGCCCAGUGUACAGAAUAUCCAAUUCCUUGUCCAAAUAAAUGUGAAAAAACUGCUAUACCAAGAGGAGAGUUGACAGCCCAUUUAAAAAAUGAAUGCUCUAAACAAUAUAUCAGUUGUCCAUUUAAUGAUCAUGGUUGUGGAUUUCGUGGUCGUAAACACACAAUUGAUCCCCACAUAGAACAGUCAGUCAUUAUGCAUUUAAAUCUGCUUAAUGCAUCAGUAAAACAAAUGUCAUUAUUGAUUGAAGCGCAAACAAAGUCGUACACAGAAGUUCGUAGUUUACUCGAAUCACAAAUAAAGCGUACAACAGCAUUGGAACGUGGAUUUGGAGCAACAUUUCUAUGGAAAAUUGAUUCAUUCGCUGAGAAAUUAAACAAUGCCAAGUCUGGUAAACAGAACGCUAUAUUCAGUCCACCGUUUUAUACUCAUCGUUAUGGUUAUCGAAUGGCACUGUCAGUCUCAUUGUAUGGAAAUGGUGAUGCAUUUGGAAAAUUUAUGUCUGUUUACGCUUGUCUUUUUCGUGGAGAUCAUGAUUCACUUUUAGAGUGGCCAUUUUCACAUCAGUUAACAUUUACACUGAUUGAUCAAAAUCCAGUGAUCAGUGCUCGAAAACCGAUCAAUUAUACAAUUAAACCAAAUUUAACUGGUGAUUAUAAUCAAUUUCUUGGGAAACCAACUACUGAACGGAAUUCAUGUUUUGGUGCACCACGUUUUGUGAAGUUAGAAACUUUAGAAGCAUCAAAUUAUGUAGUGAAUGAUGAAAUUUAUUUAAAGAUUGAAAUGAAUUUAGAUCGAGUGGCGUCAAUAUAAUCUGUUACCUUAUGCAUCAAACAAAAUUCUUGAACCUCAUUGACUCAUAACUAAUAUUUAUUAUCGUCAUUAUUACUAUUGUCACCAUGUUUUGUUGCUAAAAUGAAAUAAAGCAG